AUGGAAGAACAUAAAAAUGCACUUUAUCAAAUGCGUUUUCCUCAGAAAUUGUGGUAUUUGCUUAGUUUGCGUACUGAUGCAAUAUUAUGGGGUGGUACUGGUCGAACAAUUUUAUUAAAUUAUAGAAUUCUUUAUAACUAUCUUCAAUGCGAUGAUUCUAUUUUUAAAACAACAAAUAUAUCCAGUUUCGUUAGGCAACUUAACUUGUAUGGUUUUCGAAAAGUAACUUCGCAUCUACAAGAUCCACUAUGCAACUCAAGUAAUCCGUACAUGCAUGAAUAUAUUCACGACUUUUUCCAAUACGGAAGGCCAGAAUUACUAAAUAAGAUCACACGAAAAGCUUUGACUUUAAAACGAAGCUUCAAAAACAAGAACAUUUUCAGUACCGCUGACCAAAGUACAUUUCUUACUCCACUGCAAAAAGCACGACGGGCAUUACGACUUGCAUUAAAGAAAACUGCUCAAGAAUUAUAUAUUCAGAGUUCACCAAAACGAUUUUCCAAUAUUACACAUGAUUUUGAAGAUACACAAGAUGAUUUUUGUGAAGAAGAAAGUAUUUCCAUUGAUUGGCAAAUCCCCAAUAGCCAAAGCAAUGAAAUGCAGAAGGAACAAGACUGUACAGGUUAUUAUCCUUAUUCCAGUCCAUUCAUUCCAUUAUCCUUUUUCCUAUAUAUUAAUAUCCUUUGGACCUACCUACAGAAAAAGAUAAUCAAGAAAAUGAUUUUGUUAUUACUAGCAUAG